ACGCAAAUUGUCGGGCGGGGCGUGGUGGGUUUAGUGUAACAAUACUAUCCGUUUGUUUUCUUUUGCUUAAUCUUUACUUUUUUUUCAUCUCACCAAAAGAAAGCUUGCCAUAUCCAAUCGCUCUCAACAAAUGACACGCCUUCCGGGAAACACGCACGAAGUGGUUGAUUUCUUGUACAAUUGUAACUUUUGAACUGGUUGGGUGGCGUGAACGAUGUUCGAGAAAACCUUUAAGGACUUUAACCUUAAUUUUAACGCUCUGAUUGAGAGCAACACCUUUUCGAGUGGAGAUCUGAUGACUGGGCAAAUUUCCUUCGAGCUCUCCAAGGUGACAAAGAUUCGAUCAAUCACAAUGUGUAUGUCGGGAAAGGCAGACGUCCACUGGUCCUACGGAAGCGGGAAACAUAGAAGGACGUAUCAUGCAAAGAUUGACUUUUUCAAUCUCAAAAGCAUGAUUUUGCAAGAAGGAGCUGUUGGGGGCCCCGCUCCUCUUCCUCCUGGCAGGCAUGUGUAUUCAUUUGCAUGUCAGAUCCCGCAAGGAGACUUUCCAUCCAGUUUCCGUGGGCCUUAUGGACAAAUCGUCUACAAUCUGACAGUGGCCAUUGACAGGCCGUGGCAUAUGUCAAAGGAUUUUGUGACACAGUUGAACUUUGUGCAUCAUGUUGAUUCCAAUCAGCCAGAGCUUAUGUCUCCGCUCUCAGGCUCCAACAGCAGCUCACUUAGUUGUAUCUCUGGUCCAAUCACAAUGACAGCCAGCGUGGGAAAAAAAGGCUUCACACGAGGUGAAACCAUCCGGAUCAUUUGCAACUUCAGUAACGCUUCAUCUCGUACGGUCACUCCGAAGGCCAAGCUGAAACAGAAGCAGAAAUACUACACACGUGAAGGGAUCCAGAGAAGGUUAAUUGUGAAAAAAUUGGACUCUGUGACUGGGCUGCCAAUCAGUGCUCACACCGAAGAAACACACACUGAGAUGAUGCUUACCAUUCCUGCCGAAUCAUCCCUCACCAUCUCCAACUGCAGCCUCCUUCACGUUGAGUAUGAAAUUGAGCUCAGCCUUUGUCAAAGAGCUUCCCCGGACCUCACCGUGCUGUUUCCCAUCGUACUUUGUGACACCCCUUUACGUCCACAUUAUGUAGACUAGCCUUUUGAGAAUACUUUUUAUCAGAUGGGGAUGCAGUACUUUUGAGUUUACAGUUCUGUGGUCUUGCCCUGUUACUGGAAAGGCCGUGUACCUCAAAGCUCUUCUCAUGAGGCUCGCCCAGUCUCAUUACCUCUUCCCUCUAGUUUUAUUACAUUAUGAACGAUGCAAACUUUGUAUUGAACAAACUUUGGGACUGCCCCAUAUAUGGUUUAAAGUAUUUUCAAGGUAUUACACUUUUAACAAUGUAUUUGCACAGCCCAAACUUUAGGGACACUUCAACUUGAUUGAAUGAGUCAAUAGAAGAGUUGUUCAAAAAGCAUUUGUUUACCAUUGUAACGGGGUUCGAUUUUUGAUUGAAGUUGUGUUUUUAAUGUUUGACCUUCUCCUCUCGUGCUGAAUAAGGUAUGUGAGGCAGAUGUGGUGACCAGUAGGCCACCAGUUCAAACUCCCAGAAAUCAAAAACACUUUUUUUGUGAUUCAUCCUGUCAUUUGAAGCGGACUAAAACAACAUCCCUGUUCUUCUUCUUCUUUGCACCAUUUUCCAUAUAGCAUGAAUGUGAUUUUGACUGAUUGAUAUAUAACAGGGAAGCUGCAUUUAUACUUUGAAUGUUUAGCCUCGAUGAAAUUAAUAUGGACCAUAUUCGUGAAUCUGACGCAGUCUUUGCGGUUUAAUUGGUAGUUUUACACUUUUUUUUUUACAAUUUCACAUACAUAUUAGUAAUAUGCAAAUAAAUACCCCCAAAUUUUAUUCUAAUAUUGCUGCACACAUUUUACUCUCACUCAUCACACUGCAGCGAUGCUUUUUUUUAAAAUGCAAUUGUCAUGGUUAUACUAUCACGUUGCCUCCCUUUUGAAAUGUGUUUGAUAAAUAAAGUGUCAUUCACGUUGCUAACAUAAGCGGGCAGUAUUUUUCAUUAAAUUACUGUCAUCGAUCCAUUCGAA